UUGCUGUGUCAAGAAAAGAAAAACCCGAACUUCCUUGUAUCGACUCACUACUCAAACAGAGAAAGCUUCGCAUCAGCCGCGACAGCUGCCGACAACCCUGUUGUGUCUUCACGGCAAACCCGAGAGGGAUAAAAGACGCAUUUGGCACAUUUUAAUACACCGGUGUGACAUGAGUGGGCUUCACCCACUGAGAAGAGAUGAAUACUGAUGUUUUACUCUGCCCAGCUGUGCAGACGUGGAGUAAAACCCUCAUUUCAGAGCCACACCGCCACACACACUGCCACACAUCUGCAUGGGUCUCUCCUUCACUGCUCCCACUUCACGACUCUUGCCGUCCUUUCUGUGAGACCAUGUACCCAGGUGAACUUGACCCGAACACGGACCCGCAGCUCUUGGAGUCCAAGUUGGACUUCUUCCACAAGCUGGGCUACUCCACGGCUCAGGUACAGGCUGUUCAGCAGAAGUUCGGCCCCAACAUGGACACGGAUAAAGUGCUGGGGGAGCUGGUUCGGAUCGGGCCUGUUCAGGAGGCCAAUCAGGGGCCGGUGACCACAAUGUCGGUGCUGGUGUCCAGAGGAGAAACCCAGCCAUCGGGCCCUACACUGCUGCUGCCUGUAGCUGGUACUUCUCCUCAGAGCAAAGAGGAGACUGGCGAGGAAGGAAAGACUUUGAGACCCGUCGUUAUAGACGGCAGCAAUGUGGCCAUGAGCCAUGGCAACAAGGAAGUUUUCUCUUGUCUGGGAAUCCAGUUGGCUGUGAACUUCUUCCUGGAUAGAGGCCACACUGAAAUCACUGUGUUUGUUCCCUCAUGGAGGAAGGAGCAGCCCAGGCCGGAUGUUCCCAUCACAGAUCAGCAAAUUCUGCGUGAGCUGGAGAGGAAAAGGAUUCUGGUGUUCACACCGUCGCGGCGCUAUGCAGGCAAACGGGUGGUCUGUAAUGACGACUGCUACAUUGUCAAGCACGCCUUCGAGUCUGACGGCAUCAUCGUGUCCAACGACAUGUACCGUGACCUUCAGGGAGAGAAGCCGGAGUGGAAGCGCUUCAUCGAAGAGAGGCUGCUCAUGUACUCCUUUGUUAAUAACAAGUUUAUGCCCCCCGAUGAUCCCCUCGGUCGACAUGGACCAACCCUGGAGAACUUCCUGCGGAGGGUUCCAAAGACUCAGAAAAAACAGCCGUGUCCUUAUGGGAAGAAAUGUACUUAUGGAAUCAAAUGUAAAUUCCACCAUCCCGAGCGAGCCAAACAGUCCAAUCGUGCUCUUGCAGACGAGCUUCGAGAGAGUGCUAAGCAGCCUACUCCUUCUCAGAAACAAUCUUCAGCUUGCUCCAGUCCUGUGCCUGGACUCAGCCUCCUGUUGGUGGAGGAUAUGGCGAAGAAACUGACUCUGGGAAACGAGAGCAGCUCCUUAAAAAAAGCUCAUAAAAAUGAAAAGGUAGCUCAGGUGAAGGCAAGUCACUGCUCCAGCAAGAAGGCCUCAUCAAAGAAGGAGAAGUCCAGCAAACACGCGUCGUCUGAUCACAACUCGGUGCAGCACAGCCGCUCUCAGGAGCAGCUGGACUCUGGUUUAGGCUCCAUAGACAGCCAGCCGGUGGAAGCUCCUUGGAGUCUGAGUGAUCACCAGUUUGGGCUACCGUACAGCAGCAGCCAGCAGUACUGCCCUCCAAAAAGUUCCCCGUGCAGCUGCUGCUCACAUGGCACUGCCUCUUGUGGGAGUGCGCCGGCUUUCCCAACUCACAACAUCGGGCCAGUGAGCAGCCACAGCGCUGAUAUGAUGCCCUACAGUCUGCCCCACUAUCCGAACUAUUGCGCUUACCCACUUAGCAUGAAUCCAUACAGCCAACUGACAAAUUUCCAGCGCAGCCAAACCCACAGCUUCCAGAGGCCACAGUGGUCCGAUCCAUUCUGCGGUCAACCGGCGGUGGUCCGCAGCCUCCCGGGAGAUCCCUCACACUGGGAGCCUCCUCCAAUGAAGCAACCAGGUCCCAGCAGGGAGGAGAGAGAGGUUAUACGGAAAAAGCUCCUCGCUAUCUUCAGCGCCCAGCUGGUGGAUACAGCCAUGGACAUGUUCCCUCAGAUGAUGGAUCCACAGAUGCUCGUGGUCGAAAUCCUCAAGUUGCAGAGUCAGCUGAGAUGAGACGAAUCCAGUCCGAGAACUCGUCUUUCAGUGGAAAGACUGAAGGUUAACAUGAGUUUGUGUGUUUUGUAUUGUGGUAUCCACCUUGAUUAAAAACUAUUUGAAUUCUUUGGAGUUGCCUCGCUGCAGUCUCACGUUAGAGGCAGGAUGCAGUUGAUACA